GCUCAUGUGCGAGCGGACAGGUGUAUGAAUGUGUGUUGGCCUGCGCUGUGUCGUAUCACCGUACAAUGGACUUCGGUAAUAUUUAGUAAUCUGAUUGAAGAAGGUAGUGAUUUACAGACAUAGUGCUAGUAACCUCAGGACUAUCCCACAUCAUUUUAGAAUGAAUUAAAGACGUGAUCAGACUCUAUUGGACGUUACAGACACUCUGAUGUUUUUGAAUAUGCCUGUAAAGGCUGACAAUGAUGGAAGGGGAAGGAUUCUGUGUGGCCCAGCAGACGAUGCCCUCUCGGCAUAAAGAGCUCGUUCCUAGACCGGCCUGGAUGGUGGUUGGUAAAAUAACAGAGGAGAAAAAGAGAAGAGCUCAUGCAGUCGACAGACAACCUUCAGUCGAGAAUCCAGAGGUGACCGUGAAGCUAACACCCUUUGAAAGAGCUGUGUAUGACCUCACUCACAAUGACAAGAUUGUCGAUGACCUCACCUUCGGCAAAAGAAUCAGCUUCUACGAGCUACGUGGAGAAAUCGGCAGCGGGAACUUCUCCCAGGUCAAACUCGGCAUUCACGACCUGACCAAAGAAAGGGUCGCUGUAAAAAUCCUGGAUAAGGUGCGUUUGAACAAGCGCUCACAGAGACUGUUCUCCUCUGAGAUCAGCUGCAUGGAGAAGCUAUCUCACCCCAAUAUCGUGCGUCUGUACGAAGUGGUGGAGACGUUCAGACGGCUUCAUCUAGUGAUGGAGUACGCUCCUGGAGGAGAGCUGUUCUCUAGGAUUUCCACCAGGGGACGACUGUCAGAUCUGGAGAGUAAACUGGUGUUCUCACAGAUACUGUCUGCAGUUAAACACAUGCAUGACAACAACAUCAUCCACAGGGACCUGAAAGCUGAAAAUAUCUUCUACACCACUACCUACUGCAUCAAAGUGGGCGAUUUUGGAUUCAGCACUGAAUGCAAACCCGGUGCCAUUCUCACCACCUUCUGCGGCUCUCCACCCUACGCGGCCCCAGAACUCUUCAGGGACAAAGGUUACAUCGGGCCGCUCGUGGACAUCUGGGCUUUGGGGGUCCUACUUUUCUUCAUGGUAACAGCCAUGUUCCCUUUUAACGGUUCUAGCCUUAAAAGGCUGCGGUUCUGCAUUCUCAGAGGGUCCUAUGCCAUUCCUGCGUACGUUCCAGAUAUGUGCCAGCAUGUUAUUAAGGGAACGCUAAGGCUAGUGCCCGCUGACCGCAUAUCCCUGGAACAAAUCAUGUCCGGGGCUUGGUUGAAGGGUACUGAAUACCCACAACCUUACCCAAAUGUCCCGGCCACACCUGAACACCUGGCCGACCCCUCCAGGACCCUAUCUACAGAUGAGCAAUCGGUCAAGAUGGCACUUGAGGAGUUGGGCAUCACAGAAGCUCACCUGAGGAACAAUGCAUUGUUAGACAUCCGUAGCCCAUUGACCGGGGUUUAUCGGACUCUUCUACACCGCACCCAGCGGAGGAGAUCCGUGGAGGCGUCAGGAUACACAGAGCUCUGUCCAACCAAUACCCGACCCAGAAGACGGUGCUGGUCGCACCCCGUCCAGACUGUCCAGAGAAAAGACGAGUCUGCAGUGUGUUCCAUCCAAUAGACAUGAUGAAUAGACAGAGAUUUACUGCUGUGCAAGCUAUUUUAAUACAGAAGCUACACAUCAAUGUCUAUUUGACUUUUAAAGCAUAUUUUUCAUAGAAGGUGUUAAUGUUAGUAGUACUUUUUUUAUUAGUUGUAUUUUUAAUCAAAAUUUCAUACAAUAUUAAAUAAAUAUUCUGGGUUCAAUAAAAAUUAAGCUCAAUCGACAGCCUUCGUGGAAUAAUGUGGAUUACCACAAAAAUUAAUUUAGACUCGUCCCUCCUUUUUUGUAAAAAUAGGUAAAAAUCUGUGAUCCAGUGAGACACUUACAAUGGAAGUCAAUGGGGCCAAUCCGUAAACAUUAAAAUACUCACUGUUUCAAAAGUAUAGACAAAAGACGUAAAAAAUUCUACAUGUUAACAUGAUUUUAUUGAGAUCAUUUCCAAUUUCCAAUUUCCAAUAUACAAUUUAUAGUUAUAUCCAACUUCGUUGCCAUGAGGAUGUAACACCAUAAACCCUAAAACAAGUUUUAACAGAAGAAUGAAUGUAAGUGCUUUUAUAAAAUGAUAAGCUUCAUAUUUCUGUCUUUAAACCCUCCAAAAAAUGGCCCCAUUGAAGUCCAUUUUAAGUGACCAAGUGUUCUUCGAUUUUUGCAUUUUUUUAAGAAAAGAAGGGACGCUGCCAGGUCUCCUAAGCAACCAAAUUGGUCUGGUUGCUAGGGUGGGUAGAGUCACAUGGGGUAACCUCCUCGUGGUCACUAUAAUGUGGUUCUCUCCCUCGGUGGGGCGCGUGGUGAGUUGUGCGUGGAUGCCGUGGAGAAUAGCGUGAAGCCUCCACACGCACUAUGUCUCCACGGUAACACGCUCAACAAGCCACGUGAUAAGAUGCUCGGAUUGACGGUCUCAGAUGCGGAGGCAACUGAGAUUCAUCCUCCGCCACCCAGAUUGAGGCGAGUCACUACGCCACCACGAGGACUUAGAGUGCAUUGGGAAUUGGACAUUCCAAAUUGAGGAGAAAAGGGGAGAAAAAAAAAAAGAAAAAAAUAGAAAAGAAGGGACGAGUCGAAAUAAAUGUUUGUGGUAAUCAACAUUAUGCCACAAGAUGCUGUCAAAUGAGCUUAACUUGUACUGAACCCGGAAUAAUCCUUUAAUCACAGUGUUGUAUAUUGUGAAGUUUUCUUAUAAUUUGUUUUAUUUAUUAUAAACAAUAAUGUAAUUAAUUAAUUAAUACAUCAAUAAUAAAUAGCUUUAAAAGCC